CAAUAACUUGUGAAGACCAUCCAUGUGGUAGUAUCGGGAUAUGUAAAACGGACUCAGACAGCAGUUUUUUUUGUGAAUGUCCGGGGAAUUCAUUUGGAGAUGGAUACCACUGCCAUGGUACGUUAUUAUACUUUGGAAUCAUAUAAAAUCAGUUGAUAUAACUGAAUGAGUAUUUCGGAAAUUAUAGAAAACAUUUUCCGUGUUUCUGUACAGUUAUAGAGAGUUAGUAGUUUGGAAGAACGAAAACUAAUCAGUAGGUGCAUGAGAAAACCCAAGAGCAAAGAGCCUGGGAACGAGGUUGCGUUAUCUCAAGUUCUGCAAACAGCCACAAGUGUUUCAAUACUUGUAUAGAAACGCAGAAAAUUUUAUUCUUUUAUAAUACAACUCAAGAGAAAUUCUUGAACCUGAUUCAUUUACAAAGUCUCAUUACGCAUGCAUGCUGACUUUGCCGGUCGCUUAAUUAAUUCUCGACAAAUCAUCGCGCGCGUACUAUAUAAUUCAUUAUGCCAAAUAGAGAAUAAGCAUUUCCGCGCUAGAGUGGCAAUUCUUAAGGAACCAUAUACCUUGACCACAACAUAUCGUUUAACAACGUUAAUAGCAAUGGUUUCGAGCAACUCUCCGCAAGAAACAUGAAAACCUUAACUCUAAUACUGUAUAAAUUAGCUGCGGCCCCUUGCAAAGCAGCGCUGACGCUGAACUAGUACUGAAGGGUUACCGUCACCAAAUAAUUUGAAAUAAAGUUAAAUUUAAAACCAUGCUCAGAUCAGUCGACUUCACCGCUUCAUUCAGUUUGCGUUGCUAGUCAAGUAUUAUUAUAAGUAUAUAAUAACAUGACUAGAGGGAAAUUAGCGAUUAAAAUUACCCGCCGCCGAGGCAAGAUUUGCGAAAACUGUGGGCGAAACCCGAGGACUUUUACUAAUCUUACCAAGGUAAAAGACAAUUAUUUUACUUAAUCGCUAAUUUUCCGACAAGUCAUGUUAUAAGUUUGUGAUAUUAUGAUCGCCGAGGAAAACUCAGUCUGUAUACAAAUGGAUUUCAUCAUGUGUCAGAGAAUUAUGGCUAGAUUAGGUGAUGAUUUUGUAUGGUUUGGUGAAUUCAGUUUUUUAGUUUCAGGUCUUGUGUUUGUCAUACUGUGUAUUUGACAAACACGGGAUUUCUUUGUCUUCUGAUUUUCCGUCCUGCAUACUUGAUGAGUGAAAGUUAGAAGACAAAGAAAUCCUUUGCCUUUUCUCAAUUUUCCCGGGGAUAUUUAGAAAACCAUACAAGAGUGAGUGGGGGAAAUACGGGAUUUACAUCCCUUUGAAUACAAUAGAAACCGAGGCGAUCAUGAUAUUACACGUAUAAUACCAUGAUUGAAUGGGAUUCUAUUGUUCCGAGCGAAAUUUAAUUUCUAAAUUCCCGGUCGAGCGGGCGAUUUAUCACAUCAUAGUUAAUGUCGGAAACCUCUGCGGAGGAGAGAACCUGACGCCGGACUACGCAUUAGGCAAGUGUCGCACGCAUAUAAUCGUGCAAGGAGAACAGCAACAGUUAGCUCAGGUCCGUUAAUACCGGCCUAUCAUCCGAUCCCUGAGUUGUUGCAUCAUUUAAUAAGCUAAGCUCGUGUAGUCUGCGAUUUUAUACAAAUACAUUUACUGUUUUACGGUUGUGGUCACUGAGCUAUAAUAUUACUGGAGGAGGUGCUGCUCUCUUUCUUCGAUCAAAAAAGUGUCGCCAAAAACAUGGCAGAUUUUCACGUUUGCGUACGCCAUUCCUUUUGGCCAUGGCACAGAAUAAAGACACACAGAAGGUCGACUUGAGUAACCGCUGCCACGCCAUGAUUCAUCAUCAAAAUGCUGACCUCAUGGUCCUAGCCAGUGCCUGUUUGAGAGGCAUCCCCUCUCUGGACGUCCGCCAUUUUCACGCGCACUGACUGGGCCAUGGACCAUGUAAAAUUCAACUACAAACGCGCAAUUUUUACACCUAAAUCUUUAGCUGUAAAAAUUGGCUGUAAUCUUUUACCCAGAAAAUUGAGCGUAAUACCUUCAGAAAAUACGCUUAUAGCAGCUGCGGUGUACCAAGUAAUAAGAAUUUUGUCUUGGCCGGGUUUAGAAGAAGCGAGUUUGCACAACACCAUCUGGCUGCAUUGUUUAAAUCUUCUUCCAAGACUCUUUUGCUUCCGAUUUAUCUUGGAUCGAAAAAGAUAAUUAAAUUUUACUGUCAUCGACGAAUGAAUCCAGCAAAGAUUCUGUUGUUAUGGAUAGGAGUUCGUUUGUGUAUAGAUGCUAAACAAUAAUGGGGAUAAGAUCGAUCCUUGCGGGACCCCAUAUGUAAUGUUUAGAGGAGCAGAUUUGCCUGAGCCAAUUUUCACGUACUGUUUACUAUUUGUUAGGAAACUUUUAAAACCACUGUAGGGCAGUUGGAGAUACGCCAGUGCCUCCAACUUUCUUAAUAACAUUUCGUGACUGAUACUGUCAAAUGCCUUGGAUAAAUCAAUUAGGACCAUGGCAGUUACUUCUUUUCAUCCAUUGAUUUAAGAAUGUUAUCCGUGAUGUAAACAUUAAGCGUUUCAGUUGAAUGGUGUCUCUUAUUACCACUUUGGCGAGGGGAGAGAGUAUGCAUGUUGUACUUACACAUUUUAGAUAAUAUUGGUAGAAGUGACAUAGGUCGGUUACAGUAUUUGGUGCUUGUUCGUGAUCCCCUUCUUUCAGGAUUGGAAUAACCUCCACCAUCUUCUAUGCUCAUGACAGGGAGCUGUUUAUAAUAUAUUAGUAAGGGGAGUCAAAAUAUAAGGCAGUGAAUCUCUUAUUAUAUGCAUAUUGAUUUUGUCAGGACCAGCAGGUUUGUUGGUAGGCAUCGACAUGAUUAUGCGUUUGAUUUCAUCUUCAGAAACAGCUAUACAAUCAAAGGUGAUAGGUCAAUUGGAUUCAGUUGCAGCUGGGGGUUGGUUAUGGAUAUACGGUUGUAAAUUGUUGUCUAACGACAAUUGUUUUACCGCUUGUGCCGUUUUCCCCCAAUAGUUGCGAAGUAAGAGUAAUUGAAUUCCUCGGUUAAUUUCUGAGUAUCUUUGGUGGAGACUGGUUUCGAAUUCUCUUUCCUUGGUAGAGUUUGAUUUAUAACUUUCCAUAACGCCCCAGCAUUGCUUUUGCAUUUACUGAUCUGGUUACCGAUAUAUUGUUUUUCACUUGGUGUAAGCAUAGGUUUAACCGAGUUUCGUGCAUUUCUAUAGUUCAACCGGAUUACGAGACUGAUAAUAGUAUUGGUGUAAUUCAUCUCUAUUUCUCAUGGCUGAUUUUAUUUCGUUGUUGACGAAGGGAGUUGGCCUGGAUUUAAUUUUAAUAUUCUUGGUUGGGGCGUGAUUUCCAAGUGCAGUUUCAUAAAUGUUAUUAAAGGUAUGUAACUGGUCGUUGACGUUCGGUGACAGGUACAUGAGUGUUGAUAAAACUCAGUUGCCAUGUCUAUUGCGAAUAAUUCUGGCUUAUAAAUACCAUGAGCAAAAGGAACCAGAUCAAGUAAUUAUGGCGUCAGAUGACGUCAAAAUGCGCCAUGUUUUUGACGACACUUUUUCAUGCCGAGCACGUCCUCCAGUAAUAUUAUAUAUAGCUCAGUGGUUGUGGUGCGUUAAAUGAUACAGUAGAUUGCGCAUGAGUAACCGAUUAAAGCGUAAAAAGUGCGCAUGUGCAACUAGUUUUUACAUCCCAUAAGCAAAGAAGCAUGCGUGUCUGUCUGAGACUGAAUUAAUGGAAACCGAAUCAUGGUAUUACAAACUAAUACUAUGAUAUGUCGGGAAAUUAGUGCAUGAUUUUAAUUUAAAAAUGUCCAUUUAAAAAUGUCCUUCAACCUCCCUCGGCUUUCGGGGACAUUUAAUUAAUCACUAAUUUCCCUCAUAUCAUGAUAUUACUUAUAAUUAAUUAGCUACGUAAAAAAGAUUGUUAGCAUCAUAUAGACAUAUAAUAAAGCAUCAAGCAUACUUGAAGCAAUACAUAUUUUUAAAACAAUCAUUAGUAAUACCGUGCUGAGUGGUUAUAUUACUACCUUAAAAAACAAGCAGAAACUCGACGUUUCGAGCGAAGGCCCUUCGGCAAUACUUAGUAUAGCCAGGUUAUAAAAUAUACCACCUAUUUGUUUUAAGCCUGCGGAUCAAACGAGACGCAAGUCAUCGCAAGUUUUAACUUCUGAGAUAUGGAAAAGAGGAAAUGAAUAAUUUGUUAAGGAAACUAAGAGAGUGAAACAUACAAGAUGUCGUGUGAAAAGUGUUGUUUGAUCUGGGCUUUAUUCUAGUUAUUUCUAAUUUUACUUAAGAGACACUCACACAUGUUGUUUUUAGACACGCCAUGUUAUAGCUCUCCAUGUCAAAAUGGUGCAACUUGCAAAGCGAAAAAGGAAAAAAACGGUGAGGACAAAGAAUACGAAUGUGAUUGCCCAGUGGGCUUCACUGGAGAUGAUUGUGAAGUUUUUGAAAUAGGUAAGGUUCUUUUUAUUUUCUUGAUUUAAGAUGGACGUCUUAACUUGUGCUUAGUAGUUAAACCGGAGAAUUUUAGCCGCACAACUGGUAAUGAACCAAGCACAUCAUUCCAUCCUAAACCAUUAUUUCGAAUUUACAAGAGCCAGUGAUUAAUUAAACGCCUUCUGACUAGGUAAAGUCUGUUUGACGAGCUUUGACCAUGCUAGCCUUUAGUCAGUCAACUGGCGUAGGUUUUGCAAAAAGGACUUAUAUAUACUAGAGCAUGCGGUAUUACGUAAAAUGUUUACAGAGAUUUAAGGAAUUUUAAGGGAGGGUGCAAAAGCUGGACCCCCUCAUCUGAACCCCUUUCUGGACCCCCAUUUGGACCCUUUCUGGACCCCCUUCAAGACCUCUCAGAAUAUAAAAUAUAUUCAAAAUAGAGAUUAAAAUAGAUAUUUGAUAUAAAUAAUAAUAUGAUUUUCAUAAAUAAUAGAUUUUUCUAAUUUUAUGGUUGCGAAGUAGUCUUUUGUGCAAUAGGUUAUGCAGGUCACUACUUUAUAUUAGAUCAAAAGAAUAAUUUCGGCCAUGUCAGUGUAGGGCAUAUUUUUAGUUUAGGGAUAGUACGUAUUUAGCAUUUUUAUUGUUAUUAUUGUGGGUCCACUAUCUCCUUGCAAGAUGAAGUAACAGCAAACUUGUAUGUUUAAUAUCCAUCGCUUCUCGGAGAUGCACCCCCCCAAUACCCCCCCUCGCUACGGCCCUGCUGGGAACAAACAUUGCGAACACAUGCUGUUGAGAAGUUGGUUGUUAAAAAUACGAAGGAAAUUAAGUGCAUAAUCAAAAAAAAAAUCGUAUGCGAUACCCUAAAACCCCGCACUAUACCCAUGCAAACAUCAGUAUGUACAUGAAUUUUCGUCUGUUCCGGCCAACAAGCAACGUUCUCCGUUGCUUAGUGGUGGGAGCACUGCUCCAGAAUCGUAGAGGCGUAGGUUCUAAUCCUGCCUGAGGACCUAUUAGUUGCAUUUUUCACAAUGUUCCCUGUUUGGUCUUAUAAAAUUAAUCGUAUGUUUCUCUCCCUUCGUUGUCCUACCGUGACCGUCUACAUUGAAUUCAUGUUAUACCUGAUAGAUAUUACCAUGCAUAUAUUACUUUUUCAGAGUUCCCUUGCAGUGAGAGACGAAUUGUGGAUAUUCCUUAUUGUGAAGAAGAAAAUGACGCAAGUCAAACAAUUGGUAAUUAAUGGUUUCUUGAUGGAUAAUUUUGAUUACGUCAGUACAUCACGACGAGGUGUCAACGCAGCAUCCUAAUCACUUCAUUGCGGUCGCUUUGUUGUUUGUAUCAGGCAUUGGGGACAUUUAUACGGAUCGGAAAUAUAUACAUGACGUCGCGUUUUAUUGUGGUUACGUGAUUACGUAUCCUAAUUUUAGCAUUUUGUUCGAUGUUGUUACAUGUACUAUUGUACUUUAGUAUAAAUUUACAGGUGACUAUUGAUUUUUCUGCAUUCUGAUUGGUCAAGAUUCACUGUCUCUGAAGUGAUAGUCACUGGUCAGUGACUAUAGCUUUUUUUUUCAAAAUGGCUGCUCGUUUUGCCGUAGUAACAGAAGAGGAAAUUGCCAAAAUUAAAGAAGAUAGCAUGCCGAAAAAACCCAAACAAGCUACAAAAUUUGGUUUGAAAAUAUUUCAAGGAAAGAUAUUAAACUUUACGUGCUUUUAUUUGGAAAAAAACUGACUUAGUCGCAACGCAACACAGAGCCGUGUCUGAGAUUUAAAUUUUGUAAACAAACUAUUUAUAGUGCAAAUAAAUUUAUUUGAAGUGAAUUUUUAUAAAGUUGUGUGGAUUAUUGUUUGUAAACACCUCAAAUUUAUACUAAAACAAUUAGUCGCCUCAGGCUCGGUGAUUACAAGCCUAUAUUCACUUCGCCUUCGGCUCAGUGAACAUAGGCUUGUAAUCACCUCGCCUUCGGCGACUAAUUGUUAAGUGGUAUUAUAAACAAACACAUAUCACUCACGGUCGUUAUCAUGCAUGGAUUUGACUGAUGCUUUAUGAUCAAAUGGUUUUCUGUGUGAACCAGGGACACUGUUUGAGAUGGUAGCACUAUUAAUAAAUCCCAUACAAGACUGUGUUUAAAGGACUAGUUGGAAUAACUGUUAAGAUUAGAUUUGGAAUUGAGUUUCGUGCUCUGCAGGCUAAUUUUUGCCGCCAAGACUCAAGAAAGAGGAAAAUCAUUGCGGAUCAUAUCGCAUUCAUGGUAUUGCCUUUAAAUUCCUGGCUUCAACCAUGGUGUUCGAAACUGCUCUACUAGAUUUUUUUACCAGCGCUCAUGCGUUGUGCAAAUCUUUGAUAGAACUUAUUUUUAAUCUAGAUACAUGCGAUGAGACACCAUGUAAGAACGAAGGUAUAUGUGAGCCAAUACCUACUGGUCAAUACGAGUACAGAUGCAAAUGCCAGCCGGGAUACAUUGGACGUACCUGCGAAACAAGUAAAUAAAACUUUGUGCAUAAUUCUCAUUCCCUAAGAUACGCGGCCUGGUUAUAUCUGGUCAUAUAUAUAUAUAUAUAUAUAUAUAUAUAUAUAUAUAUAUAUAUAUAUAUAUAUAUAUAUAUAUAUAUAUAUAUAUAUAUAUAUAUAUAUAUAUAUAUAUAUAUAUAUAUAUAUAUAUAUAUAUAUAUAUAUAUAUAUAUAUAUAUAUAUAUAUAUAUAGCACCAUAAUCUGUAGAGCAGCACAGCACCAUAAUCUUUAAUAUUUUUAUUCCGUAGAUUAAAACUAUAAAUUUCGCCUUGAGUUAGAAAUUUCAACGAAUGAGCUAUUGACCUGUGUGAUCAUUAAAAAUGUUUCGUUCUCCUUGUAGACAUAGAUGAGCAAUGCAUUAAUGAACAUGGAACUUGUAAAUUGAAAAAGGACCAAGAGCGACAAUGCCUAGAAAUAAAAUGCGAUUGUUUCGUCGGAUAUAGUGGCGAGAAAUGUGAAAAAAGUAGGUUAUAUUGCAACUAUAUAUGGAGCCCAACUGCUCCAGAAACGAAAACUUUGAUUGUGAAAAAUUACUGCAUGAAAGAAUCAUAUGUGAAUUAAACUCAGUACAAGCACGUACGACCAAAUGACGCGCCCAUGCAGCCCGUCGUCAAAUUUUAUUCUAAAAUUCAUAGAAAAAAACACUCCGACCUGCUUUCUCCCACUUCUUGUAGAAACAGACUGCAAAGACAACAGUGAUUGUAAAAAUGGUGGAACGUGUGAAAGUAGCAAACAGUGUUUAUGCGCCCCUGGAUUCAAAGGUUUAUUUUGCAACGAACGAG